AUGACCAUGCAGAUCCCGGAGGGUGCGCGCCUUUGGAAGAAGUGUCGCUCCUUGACCUCCUGGGCCUCCAACAUGGCCGCCGGCGCCGUUCCCGAGCUGGUGGAGCUGUGUGCCAAGCUCCAGCUCGAGGCGCCGCCGAAGACCCCGUGUGCCACGCCGCGCUGCGUGGACACGUUGGCACGGCGGAACAUGGAGGGCCGGGCAGUGCGCUGUCCGUAUGCAGAGAAGGGCUGCCCCAUGAACCGCUCGCCUUGCUUCAUCGAGGCUCACGCCUUGGAUUGCGACUUCCGCCCAGUGGCCUGUGCUUACGGUGCGAGUGGCUGUCGGCACAUGCCUUUGGCCUUUGAGGAGCAAGAGCACUUGGAGGUCUGCGACUUCCGUCCCGUGCCGUGCCGCUACGGCUGCGACGCUGUGGUGUGUGCCAACGCCGAGGAUGAACAUGCUGCCGAGUGUCAUUAUCGUCCUGUUUGUUGCCUUUAUCAAGAUCGUGGCUGUCAGGAGAUCGUGGCGGCGUAUCGGCGGCGGCCGCACGCCGAGGGCUGCGCCUUCCGGCCUGUCAAGUGCCGCUAUGCGGCCAGAGGGUGUGCACACCAGCCGUCCAAGAAUGAAGAAAAGACUCAUGCUGCCGCUUGCCAAUUCCGCCCAGAGCCGUGCCCACAUGCGGCGCGCGGCUGCGGGGAGCUGCUCAGCACGGAGGACGUCGAGCGCCAUGCAUGGACCUGUGCAUACCGCCCAGUCUCCUGCCCUUUUGAGGGCGAUGGUUGCGAAGAAACGGUGAACUACAAGGAUGUGGAGCAUCACAAGGACAUUUGCUCCUUCCGGCCGGUAGCCUGCCCUUUCCUGGCUGCAGGAUGCAGGAUGCAGCCGUGCUUCAAGGACCGUGCGACGCAUGCGGAAGGCUGCAAGUUUCGCCCGGUCUUGUGCAAGUAUCGAGCCCGGGGCUGCACCAUUCAGCUGCCCUUCUUCAAUGCCUCCCGACAUGCCUCUGCCUGCGGAUAUCGUCCACUCAGCUGCAUCCACCAGUCGCGUGGGUGCCCGAAGAAGGUGAGCGCCCAGGAUUUGCAGAAGCACAGUGAGAGUUGCGGCUUUCGGCCGGUGGAGUGCAGACACAAGGGCUGCUUGGAACGGCCCAAUGCGGACGACGCGGCGCAUCACGCGGAGACCUGCGGCUUCCGCUUGGUGAGCUGCCCCUACGUGUCCAACGGGUGUGAGGAGCGGCCGCAAGCUGCAGAGCUGGCAAAACACCUGGAGACCUGCGGCUACCAGCCCUCAAGUUGCCCAAAUGCCUCCCGUGGCUGUGGGGAGCGUCUCCUCUACAGCCGCUUGAGGAGUCACUUGGAGCGAUGCGCCUUUCGGCCGGUGGCCUGCGUCCACGCCAAGCGUGGCUGCCCCGAGGAAGUGAAUGCACAAGACCGCAUCCGGCAUGCGUCCCGCUGCAGCUACCGACUGGUGCCAUGCGUGCACGAGGCGCGGGGCUGCUCGGAGACGCUGUGCUACCGCAACCUCUCGCAGCACGUGGCGGCCUGCCGCUGGCGGCCCAUCGAGUGCCCCUUCGGGUGCGGUGAGAGCCCCUCGCUGGUCGAUAGCAAGAAGCACGCAGCGGAAUGCAAGUGUCGCCCCGCGGUCUGCCGCUACAAAGCGCAUGGCUGUCCCGAGGAGAUGCCCCUGAUGGUGCUGGCCAACCACAUGGCCACCUGCGCCUUCCGCGUCGCGCCGUGUCGAUACCAAAGCAGAGGCUGCCGAGCUCAAGUCUGCUUCAAGGACCGCAAGGAACACCUGGAAAGCUGCCGCUUUCGGGAGGCUGUGAUUGCGGAGCUCCCUAGUUCCACGCCACGAAGUGAGUCGAAGGACGCUGCCGAGGCGGAAGCAGCCACGGCUUUCUGCGGAAUCACGGCAGGCGGUGAUAGCGCCAGAGGCCUUUUGAGCAUCUCUUGUCCGAUAGAUUUGUUUCUCGAAGGCGUGUCCUCUCUCGGCACACAUGUGGCAAGGAAUGGCACGUGGAAUAAAGUCUGA